GGUGUACGGUCUCGGCUUCAUUAGGCGACUGGUUUCCACUGAUCAUGCGACGGCCAGGCGGGGGACGAAGACUUUGAAUUGAAUCCUCUCCGCCCAUGAAUUUCUUCGUGUUAGUGUUUAGCGUAUGCGUGAGGGCUACGAGCGAUGAAUUGAGUGCAAUAUAUGGAUGAAGAACGGGAUCAGCUUAUGAUGAUGGUGUAAUUUAUCGAAUCUUUCACGUAGAUAUUACAGUUUCCUUGUUUUCCCGCCACAGUUGUUGAGAUAGCGCAUGUGCAUCGAGAGAAACGAAGUUUGGACGGACGCUGUUGUAUUCAGAGUUUGAAAAGCUAGAUUAUCUGUAAGAACUUUGGAAGGAUAUAUAUAUAUAUACAUAUAGACAUGGGAAAGUACUUUUGGAUGAAAGGCUCCGGUGAAGAAAAGCACAAGAAGCAGCCAGGAUGCAUGUUCGGAUUAGCCCAUAUGUUCAGUUACCAUUUUUGGCACUCGAGUCCGAGAAAGAAGAUUCGACAUCACCUUUACGAAGGCCAAAAAGAUGAUAGAGGCGACGGAAGAACACGAUUGUUUCAGCACGACGACGAAACAGAAAUGCUUCUGGACGGAAACCAGAGUCCAAUCUCCAAUAGCCGAAAAUCUCCUCAAACAAAGAAACAAUCUCGACCAUCUCGCAAAGUGAGGAUAAAAGCAUUGAUUUCCGAGGAGAUUGAUAAGGAAGUUGAGAAUGGAGGACCCAAAGGAGGCUCUUUUGAGCCAAAUCUGCAGAGAACUUAUUCCAUACACCACCUGGAAUCCAUGGAUGUCGACUGGAAACAUUCCAUCAUCUUCCUUCCCGGGAAUGCCAACAAUGGCCGUGCUCCUAAAUCACUAGACGCAUCAAAAACAAAGGUUUCUGGUGGUCUAGAGGCAACGGAAAAACCAUCGAAGGAUACAGAAGAUCGUGAUUAUCGGAAGAAUCUUGAUGUUGUGGAUAUGUUCGCGCUGGACAAGGGGACGCUGAUCAAACAUAUGCAAGAUCAGGAUGAUGGUAUUGCCAGUUUCGCUCGUACUGCGUUGGGUUUAAAGCAAAAAGUGAAACUGAGCAAAUCAAGAUCCUUCCCCAUGCCUCAUUUGUCACAAGAAAGAAAGCUCAAGCCUGCGAAGAUCGAAAAUAAACAAAAUGAAGUUUGGUCACAUCCCAGGAGAAGCAUGGUUCGAUCGGCUAGUCAAGCUCAUUCGUCGGAUUAUCCGGAUUAUACUGCUUUGGCAUCUGAAAAACUACUGGAUGAUUCUGAGAGCGACUCCAUGAUCAAACAGGAUUCGAAUGCAGACAAGAAUAAUGAAGAGAUUGCUGAUGAGAAGUGUGAGAAUAUGACGAGCAAGAACGGUGAAAUUCGUGACAAGAAUGAUACGAAGAAAUAUGGUCGCAGCAGAAGUUCAUCUAUAAAAGAAUCGCUGGAGAAAUAUGCGCGGCUUUUUGAGAAUAGUUCGCAGGCAGACGUGAAAUUAACUUCCUCGAUGAGCUUGAGAGUGGCAAAUGAAUACGGAAAUGCUCCAGUACAUUCUCGAAGGAUGCUUUCCCUGUCGAAUGUCGAUUUUUACUAUUUAACUUCGAAUAUUGAGGGCCUGGCUGAUGAUCCUGAACUAAAAGGCUCCAUUGUUGCCUCAGAAGCUACUGAUUCAGGUCCUGAAAGUAAUCCAAGGGAAAGAAACGAUGUCGUAAGUACAAAUAUAAUGGAACACGAUACAUUUGUGUCGUCGCCCGCAAGUGAUGAUGAAUCCGAAAUGAAGGACAGUUUCGAAAGGGAAGAACAUAAGCCUGAGGCAGAGUCUUGCGCCGAGCUUGAAAUGUCGAAGGAUCCUCGUGAAGAUCCUGAGAACGACAAAAUGCCGAGCAAGAGUUACUCGGAUUCGGAUUACGUAAAGCGCCUUCUAGAACAAUCCAACAUCGCAAACGACACAUCGGAGAUGUCAUGGCACGCGUCGGAUAAGCCAUUCAGUCCAGAGCUAUUCGAGGAUGUCGAAACACGUUGGCCGCACGAGCAAGACGAAUUGACAGGAUGGCCCGACUUUUACGGGUGCUGGCACCACCGGAUGGUGUUUGAUUUGGUUAACGAGGUUACGCUCGAGGCCUACGACGUGUCGCUCCCGUACUAUCCGACGGCAUUGUCCUCGAGCUGCCAUGUUCGACCUUUUAGCCGCAUUGCCGAGGAUGUGAGCGGGAUCGUCGAGGGUCUGCUGAAAUUGAACCCGUUGACGACGGAGGCGGUGGACGAUAUCGUCGCGGUCGACAUGAGGGGGCGCGGCUGGAUGAACCUUCAGACGGAAACGGAGUGCGUCGCGCUUGAGCUUGAAGACAUGGUUUUCGACGAGGUAAUAGAAGAGACUAUUAUGAUGCUUUUGUUUUGUUAAAGGUUGUUGCUUUCUUUUCUCUUUUCGCGUCGUUUUCGAUUCUUUUUGUGCGUCGCGGCACAAUACAGUUUUGAUCGAUCGGCCGGCGGCGGCGGCGGCAGUGGCACAGCCGCCGGACUACGCAUUGUGUAAUAAAUAUAGCAAUGGAUAUGUAUAUAGUAGUGAUAAGGUUAUGUGA